AUGGCCACCCUUUGCUGGUCAGUGGACGUCAAGGGCGGCGAAGCCGUGAGGUCUCGCGUGCUGGACGGCCGCCGCGGCGUCGUCACCGGCGUCUCCCUCGUUGGCCCGCUGAGCGGCCGGAGCGUCGUCGUGGAAGCCUACGUCAAGACCGCCAGCGGGAACCUCGCGCUCGCAUCGCUCUCAUCCGAGAGGCCCCGCGUGAAGCUGCUGCGCGCGGUGCUGGUGAUGGAAAGCGAUUCCUUCUGCUGUCGCGUGAGGCGGCAUGGCGAUGGAGGCGAUCCCGCCGGUGAGGAGGCCGUCGCCGUUCGGUUCGAGGGUCGCUUUAACGUUAACGGUGACGUUCUUCCUCCGCCGCCGCUGUCGGAGGGGUUGGAGGACGAAGAUGAGGAGGAUGGCGAUGAUGACAACAGCGAGUCCGAGGAUGAAUACUCGGUGGAUUCGGAAGACGACGACGAUGACAGCAGUAGCGAGGAGGAGGAGAGCGACGGCGAGGUCGACGGAGAAGCGGCCAGCGCCGACGUUGGCGUGACGCUAAGCAUGCUACAGACACUGCACCGUAGGAAGUUCGUCCCCGAAGGGCAAUUCGUUGGAGGUUCGGCCCGGCGGUUCGCCUGCGCCGGGAGCACGCUCGGCUUCAUGCGGGUCGCCGCCGUGGAAAGCGAAGGAGGAGACGACAGGAAGCAGAUCUUGGUGUUUUACCGCUAUACCCGCUUCAGGGCAUCACCGGACGGCGUGAAACGGCGAGGGAGGACGACGGAGCACCAGCUCCGGUUCAUCGCCACCGGUGACCACGCGGCGAGAUCGCUGGCGUGGGCCGGAUCGUCUAUGGGCCUGCUGAUAUACCCCGGUUGCUUGACCAAGAAGCUUGAGGAGAUCACCAAGCAGCUCCAGGAGCUAUGGUCCAGCUUGGCGUCGCAGGUGAGCGUCCCGCCGGGAGCAAGGCGUGUCGAGGUGUUCGUGGACGUCGGCAUCCUCCGGCGGGCGGACUACACGACGGCGAGCAUGGGGCACAUGUGCGCCGCGCUGGAGAGCAUGGUGGCGGACCCGUGGCCCGGGCGCUUCGUCGGCAUGGAGUUGCACUUGCCGGUGCCGGUACGGUGCAGCACGAAAGGCGUCGACGCCGAUAGCCCCAGAAACGCAGACGAGCGGCCGGCAAAGCGGAGGAGGGUGGACGGCUCCGGGGAGGAUUGCCCCAUCUGCUUGGAGUUGCUGGAGGGCGACGACGUCGCCGCGUGGCCCGGGUGCGGCGGCAAGCCGCACGUCUUCCAUGGCGCGUGCCUGGAAGGCGUCCUCCAGAAUAAAGACAUCUGCCCUAUGUGCAGGCACAAGCUGCACAUCGAACACAAGGCGGAGUGA